AUGAACUCCGAGACCUCACAAUCGCCCAAUAUGACCUUUAGUGUCCUGGGCCCUGCCGCGCCCGUUCUAGCACCACGAGCCGGCACUUUGGCGAUUGCCGGCCGUAAGACACUGUCCACGCCGCAUUAUCUGCCUGUCACGUCGCGGGGCGUGGUACCCCAUAUAUCACAGGACAAUGUGCGCAAAGAGACCGCAAUAAAUGGCUUAUACGUUGGACUGGAAGAUUUCAUUGAAAAGAAACACCGCUCUCCAGUAUAUAAGAUUCCCGUCGAGGCAAACGAGUCGCCCUUACGAAAAUUCAUUUGCGCAUCCAGCGACUUGCCUUUGGUUCUAGGCCCGCGUCGGUUCCCCGCCCUCCCCUGCCCGCCGGUAAACACCGAGACCUCAAUCGCAAUCUCCACCUCAGAUGGGUUCCACCAGCUGUCUGGCGAGCAAUAUAUUGAGGCGACAAUGAAGCUCAAACCUGAUCUUGUCAUUGGACUUGCCGAUAUGGUAACUGGGAAACCACCCGGUAACAAAAGGCGAGGUAAGAUGGUAGACCGCACACAUGCGUACACACGGGACGCGCUGGAUCGAUUGUACGGACACGCAGUUGCGGUAGACAAGAAGUGCAAGUCGGCGUACUUUGCGCCGGUCUUGCCGCUUGAGAAUGCUCAGCAGUCGCUCUAUCUGGAUGAUUUGGCAAAUGAUUUCCGUGAUCGUCUUUCUGGAUUGGCAUUAUAUGAGUCCGCUUCACUUACCUUUAUCCCUGAGUCUCUUGGGAGCUUGCCUAGGCUACUUCUCAGUGAUCCCAGGGGACCUCAUGCGGUUCUCCGUGCGGUCAUGCUUGGCGCAGAUCUGUUGACUAUCCCCUUCGUUGGGGAAUCUUCAGAUGCAGGUAUCGCGCUGGACUUCACUUUCCCGGCCCCUCCUAAAGAGACCGAUGACAAGGAACCACUGGCCUUGGGUAUUGACAUGUGGUCGUCUGAGUACGCGAAAGAUACUUUUCCCCUGCGUGAGGGCUGCCAAUGCUACGCUUGUCGACACCACCACCGGGCAUACUUCAAUCACUUACUGGCUGCCAAAGAAAUGGCUGCCUGGGCCCUUCUCCAGAUGCAUAAUUUCCAUACAAUGGACCUUUUCUUCCACGGAGUACGAGAAAGCAUUCAACGUGGCUCUUUCGAGCAGGAUGUUGAGGCGUUUAGUCGCAUAUAUGCAUCAACAUUACCGGAGUCAACCGGCCAGGGUCCUAGACUUCGCGCCUACCAGCACCCCGGAGCUAACCAACCAACCCGUGCCCCCCGUGUAUACGGUCGUCUUGAGGACGCCCUCCAAAAGUUCCAAGAUUCCCAAUCCUCUGUUGUCACUCCUGAUACAGACGCCGAGGGUCUUGAGAAGCAUGGCUUUGCUGAAAAGACUUAG